AUGACGGCUCCAACUACGACUACUAAUACGGCCGACAACCCAUUUGUCGAUCCGAAUCCCUCUUUUGAUGAACAUGCUCGUGGGAACUCGUUCGCGGUCGAUGCGACACUGGCCGUUGGGAAGAAUGCGUCGUUGACUUUGGGGACUGAUGCGCUGAUUGUAUUAGGUUCGUUGCGAUACUUUUGGACAUGGAGAAUUUGGCUGAUGUAUGUAGAUGAGAGUUACGAACAGAAGAAUUGUUCCAAUUGCUUUGGACUCUGGCAAUCCGGUAUGUUCGGAAAUCAUUAACUGCACCCUGGACCACAACCACAAAUCACUCAUACCAAACAGGCACCGCAAACACACGCGCCAUUCCUUUCUACAACAUCCUCUGGGCCGAAUUGGUGGAUUCUACACUCACUAUUGAAUAUGCCUCGCCCAUUUCCAAGAACGUCGUUAGAGCUGCGACAUUGAGUUAUCCCUUUGAAUACCAGAUGGUCGAGCGGGUAAAUAAAUGGAUCUACAAAUUACUCGACCGAUCAUACGGCGAAUCACAGAUGAAGAAGAGAGUUAAAGUCCUCGUAAAUCCCCACAGCGGCAAGGGAAGCGCAGAGAAAUGGUAUGCGCGCGAUAUCCUGCCUUUACUCAAGGCUUCGCAUUGCGCGAUCGAUAUGGUGAAGACGAAGUACCAGGGCGAAGCGGUGGAGAUCGCGGAGAGUCUGGAUAUUGAAGCGUUUGAUGUGGUGGCGGCUUGUUCGGGUGAUGGACUACCGCAUGAGGUUUUUAAUGGAUUGGGGAAACGUCCGAAUGCUAAGAAGGCUCUGGCGAAGAUUGCAGUUGUUAAUCUGCCGUGUGGGAGUGGUAAUGCGAUGAGUUGUAAUUUGAAUGGGACCGACAGUCCGAGCUUAGCGACGUUGGCCAUGAUCAAGGGGAUUCCUACGCCGUUGGAUUUGAUUUCUAUUACGCAGGGAGAAACGAGGACGCUUAGUUUCUUGUCACAAUCUGUGGGAAUCGUAGCGGAAUCGGAUUUAGCGACGGAGCAUCUACGGUGGCUGGGAUCGAUGAGAUUUUACUACGGAUUUCUGACGCGGUUACUUGGGAAAACGGUUUAUCCUUGUGAUAUUGCAGUCAAAGUGGCUAUCGAGGAUAAACCUUCGAUAAGAGAGCAUUAUAAGAGGGAGAAGAAUAAUCGGGAACCGGCUAGUGAGAGGAGGGGGUACAAAUACCUUAUCGAUGACGAUGCUUCUGCUACCAGUGGUCCUGAAGACUCCUUACCACCUUUACGAUAUGGAACGAUAAACGAUAAAUUACCAGAUGGAUGGGAUCUAGUUCCCUAUGACCAACUAGGAAAUUUCUACUGUGGAAAUGUAAGUCCUCCCCUCCGUCUCUCAUCCCAUGACUAACAAUAAUAGAUGGCAUACAUGGCAGCCGACGCAAACUUCUUUCCCCCAGCACUACCUAGUGAUGGAUAUAUGGAUCUUGUCUGUAUAAACGGCAACAUCAGUCGUCUUUCCAGCAUCAAAAUGCUUCUGUCAGUCGAGGACAACAAGUUCUUCGAUAUCCCCGCCGUCUCGUAUCGCAAGAUCCUCGGCUAUAGAAUUAUCCCUAGGAACCAGACCGACGGGUAUAUUAGUAUCGAUGGGGAGAGAGUGCCAUUCCAGCCGUUUCAAGCGGAGGUACAUAAGGGAUUGGGUACGGUGCUGAGUAAAUCAGGACAUCUUUAUGAGAGUCCUGGACCGCUGUUUUGAGGAUCUUUUCCCUGAGAUAUGAGGGGGUUGAGAUGGUUGUUAUGUGACCAGUGGAUUUUCCUUGGAUAUUUUGGAUCAAGUACACAGGUGGAUGGAGUUUUUUUUUUUCCUUUUUGCUUUUUUGGGGACUUUUGAGUUGCAGGCAUGCGUUGUAAUAUGGAUGGACAGAGUUCUUCUUUACCUUUGAUUGCCAGAAAGAUACCCACAGAGAUAUUGGCCCUCGUCAAGGAAGGGAGGGUGGAGAAAGAGAGAAGGAAAGCAAGAAAGAAUUGAGAUGAGUAAGAUAUGG